AUGCUGAAGAAUGAGGAGAGUGAAGAGGAGGAAAAAACUCACUCACAGACUGAAAGCAUUUCUUUAUUGAAAAGAAGAGGUAAGAAAUAUAUCACCUGCCGUCAGUGUGGAAAGAAUUUCAAACACACAAGGACUUUUUUGGUUCACAUGAGGAUCCACACUGGAGAGAAACCGUUCUUAUGUGAUCAGUGUGGGAAGAGUUUUAGACAACAGGUUGAAUUUAAGCAACACAUGAACAUCCACACUGGAGAGAAACUGCAUGAAUGUGAUCAAUGUGGAAAAACAUUUUUGAGGGCUUCAAACUUGAAGAAUCACCUCUCAGUUCAUUCACAGGAGAAACCACAUUCAUGUUCUUUGUGUGGAAAGAGUUUUUCACUUCUGCAGAAUUUAAAAGUUCAUCAGAAAAGACAUACUGGUGUAAAAGUUCAUGUGUGCUUUGUGUGUGGGAAAAGUUUUCUUACAAAUUCAUGUUUGAAACGGCACCAGAGAAUUCACACUGAAGAGAAACCUUACAAGUGUUCACACUGCGACAAGAGAUUCAAUCGGUCAGGAACCUUGAAAUCACAUGAGAGGAUCCACACUGGAGAGAAACCUUAUAAGUGUUCACACUGCGAUAAGAGAUUCAAUUGGUCAGAAUCACUGAAAACACACGAGAGGAUCCACACUGGAGAGAAACCGUAUCACUGCACUCCUUGUGGAAAGAGUUUCACUCAAUUAUCUUCUUUACGCAGUCAUAUAAAAUACAAUCACAGCAAGUAGAUCAUCUUCAGAUCCAGCACUUUCAGGUCUAAUGCUGUGUCCUCACCAAACG